AUGGGAACCUCUCUUGAGGAGAGUCACACAGAGGGUAUAAUCGGACUAGUUCGACAGACAGGUGACAGUGGCGCGGCUUGCGUACUUAUUUGGUUCAGAUUGCGUUGGAGAGAGGUAGGAAGCGGCUACUGGUACCGGCUGUCGAGUUGGAGCUUUGGUUGGCGCCUCCUGUGGCGUUACGUGCCAGAGAAGGAGGCGAGAUGGGUCCGAUCGGAUUGA